AUGGCUUCAGACGGCAACACCAAGGACCACCACAAAGCCGUCAUCGGUUCUAAUAAGAGCUUCUGGCUCUUCGAUACAAAAGAUGGCUUCGAUCUCACCCAUCCGUCAUCACCAGACUCGCCUCCAAUCUCCCCUCGCGUAACGAUUGAGACGAAAACGUCCCAGAUCUCCAUCGACCCCGCCAAAUCAGCAUUGAUCGUCAUCGACAUGCAAAACUACUUCCUCAGCUCCGCGUUGGGUCGCGCGAAAGGAGCCGGUCAUGCUGCGGUGAACCAGUUGGUCGAGCACGCCGUCCCAGCGUGCAGAAAAGCUGGUGUGCGAAUCAUCUGGUUGAACUGGGGCCUGAGCCAGCAGGAGAUCGACGAGAUGCCGCCGGCUAUCAUACGAGCGUUCGGUUUUGUGUCGACGAAUCAUGGCGAGGAGAUUGCGCUUGACAAGCAUGGUAAUCCCAGAUACACCGGUGGAGAUAAGCAGUUUGAGGAUGGGAAGAACGGGAAGAAGUAUAGCGGGGUUGGAAGCGACAUGGGCAACGUGACGGACCCGAAGUCCGGACAGGCAAUCGAGGCUGGGAAGAUGCUGAUGCGAGAUCAGUGGAAUAGCGCUCUGUACCCGCCGCUGGACGAGAUGUACGAGGAAGGCCAGAAGCUGGACGAACGUCCCGAUGUCUGGAUUCACAAGAAUAGGAUGAGUGGGAUGUGGGGACCUUCGACUGCCUGUGAGGAGUUUCUGGAAAAGGAAGGGAUCAAGACGUUGAUGUUUACCGGUGUCAAUACGGAUCAAUGUGUCGGCGGGACGUAUCAAGACUGCUUCAGCAAGGGCUACGACUGUGUGCUGUUGAGCGAUGGGUGUGGUACGACGAGCCCGGCGUAUGCUCAACAGAAUAUGGAGUUCAAUGCUGCGAAUACCUGGGGCUUUGUUACUACGUGCAAAGCGCUCGCGGAUGCAACAACGCUUUCUACCAUGGCGACGCCUCAGAAACGCAGCGCGGCUGACGUCGAAGCUAUCGAUCUCACAGAGGGCGAUGAUGUGCCGACACCGACACGUGUGGAAACACCGGCGAAGCGGGCGCGUGUGGCACAGAGCACGCUCACCACCACACCGGCCAGCAACCGCGCAAUUCUACCUACGCCCGCGCCAGCUCCAUCGGCAACACCGCAACGCAAUCCUCAAGGCACCACACAAAGCACUCCGCAGGGCACUCCCCAACAACCCCAAACCCCAGCAUCCUCCAAAAAGCAACCGCCCAACCUCUACGACAUCCCCGCAGCCGUCAUCCCCGAAGACCUCGAACCCGCCGAACGCUACACCCCCCGCAAAGUCAAAGCCGCCGACACAAACACCGACACCGACAUCACCUUCUCCAACCCGCAAACCUUCUGCCUCAAACCCGCCUUCUGGCGCCGCUGGAAACCGAAACACUACGCCCUGCUCGCCGAAUGCCUGCGUCAGCAAUUCGACCCCACGCACUUCGCGCGCGUCACCGGCUUGCCCGUCGAGGAGAUCACCCACGUCUUCUCCGCCGUUGUCGCGGACCCGCUGUACGAUGGCGAGGAAGCCUGUAAGCGCGGGGAGGAGGGGAUGACGGCUUUGUUCGAGCUGGCAAGGGAGUUUGGGGCGGUGAACCGGGAGCGGGGGGUGAGGAAGGGGAUGAAGGUUGGUGAAGGGGUGGUGGGGGAGUUGGAGGGGGUGGGGGAGGGGAAGGUGAGGGUUAUUGUGGAGAAGAGUGGGGGAGGGGGGAAGGUGUUGGGGGUGGGAGAGUUGGGGGAGGGGGAUGUGAGGUAUUUGGGGCAGAAGUUGACGAAGGAGGAUAGGGGGACGGUGUUUGGAGAGGUUUGA